AAAAAAGAUGUAUGUCCUGUGGUUGACACAGCUGCAUCCGGCUCCGUUUGUGCAUAGUUUUGCUUUUUUAAUUUUAUUUGAAGAGGUCAGGUAAUCUCGAUAAAUAUAGGAAGGCUGCUAAGAUGUUCAAUAGGUAGCACUAUAUAUUUUAUAGAAAGGUUUUACGAAAACAAGCUUACAAAGCUUACUGACUAAGAAUUUUAGGUUUGAGUUGAAUUUAUUAUGAAAGUUAUUAAGACAGUUCACCAUUGAAGUGUCUCGUUGUUAGUUUCAAACAUUAACUGAUUAUACUUGAUCAUAGGUCUUUCCGAUAGGACGUUAUAAGACAACGCCUGAACUAUGGUGCCUUUAAAGCGGAGAAAAGUUUCUGAGAUUAACACUGAAUCUAAAUGCAGCAAAGCUAAUGCAACAAUCAAGUUUCCUGAUGCGGUUUUGUUCCUUUUGGAAAGGAAAAUGGGAGCCAGUCGAAGAGCCUUCCUCACACAGCUGGGUCGUAAGAAAGGGUUUCAUGUGGAGGAGAUUUUGAGUGAAACGGUCACGCAUAUCAUUGCUGAGAACAACUCUGGUGAUGAGGUCAGGACAUGGCUGAACUCACAGGACAGAGUUGGACACCAGGCAUCACUUCACCUUUUGGACAUCAGCUGGUUCACAGAGAGCAUGCAUUCAGGUCAUCCUGUUCAGAUCCUGGACCGACAUAGACUACAGGAGGAGGAGCAAAGUGAUUCAGAGGCUGCUGUGUUCACAAUGCCCAGUUAUGCCUGUCAAAGGAGAACCACCAUGGACAACAAAAACCCCAUACUCACUGAUGCUUUGUCACUCCUGGCUGAAAAUGCUGAGCUCAGUAAUCAAGAUGGACGAGGUGUAGCGUUUCGUCGAGCUGCAGCUGUGUUGAAGGCCCUCCCUGAAGCAGUGACUAGUAUGAAGCAGCUGAAGGGACUGCCCUGUCUUGGAGGACAUUCACAGAGAGUCAUUAAAGACAUCUUGGAGAAUGGAGCAUCAGACGAAGUGCAAUCUCUGAGGCAGUCUGAGCGAUAUCAAGCCCUAAAGGUGUUGACGGGCAUCUUUGGAGUUGGGGCAAAAACAGCAGACCGGUGGAUCAGAGAUGGUAUACACACCCUUCAGCAGUUACGGGAAUCUGGGCACACACUCACUCGAACUCAACAAGCUGGACUGGAGCACUACGAAGACCUCAACAUGCCAGUGUCCAAAGCAGAGGCGGACGAUAUCAGCAAGAUCGUGGAGGUGGUGGUGGAUUCAGUCUUGCCAGGAUCACAGGUUGCUCUCACAGGAGGAUUCAGGAGAGGAAAGCAGACAGGUCACGACGUGGACUUCCUCAUUACUCACCCUGAGGAGGGCAAAGAGGAGGGUCUCAUGACUAAAGUGGUCUCUUUGCUCGACUCAAAGGGUUUCCUGUUGUACCAGCAAAUGACCAGGAACUCUUAUGUGGAGUCUGAGGACGCUCCUGCUCUGGCCUCAUUUCACAUGGACCGAUUUGAACGUUGUUUCUCCAUUUUCAAACUACCAAAAGACAGGGAAGAGAGUCUGAAACAGCUGGGGUCUCUGUAUCCUAAACCUGCUGGGGGCGUGUGUGAUGGCAGAGCUGGUGAAGUCUUGCACCGGGAGACUAGUCAAAGCCAAGGUUCACACAGUGAGGUCCAGGAAGAAGUGAAGGAGCCAAAGUCAUGGAGAGCCAUCAGAGUGGACCUGGUGGUGUCUCCUUUUAGCCAGUUUGCUUUUGCUCAGCUCGGAUGGACGGGGUCAAAGUUGUUUGAGAGGGAGCUGCGACGGUGGGCGGGGCAGGAGAAACGCAUGUCCCUCAACAGCCAUGCUCUGUACGACAGUAAACAGGGAAAAUAUCUUCAAGCCACAUCAGAGGAGGAAAUCUUCACGCACCUCGGUCUGGAGUUCAUUCCACCUUCUGAGAGAAACGCCUAAUGAACAGUUUAUCAAAUUCAGGAACACACUGCAUGUGUACGUCAACGUGAUGCACUAUUUUCAACAACCUCCUUUCAUUGGCUGCUCUUGAACUGUAUGUGUUGCUAUGCUGAUGACAGUUGAUAUUUAUUGUGACCAUUGAAUCUGGACAAAUAUGCAUUCCAGAAAAAUGGCCACACCUCCCAUCUGAAAAAUGCACUUUUCUGAGACAACAAAUGUGUUGUUAUCUUGCAGAAUACUUGUUAUGGUACCUCAAUACACAAUACACUGUUCUUGAGUGUGUCACAUAGUAUGUACAGUAUGACUUGGUUUUAAGUGAUUUGCCUGUUAUUAUUGUGCCGGUAGAUGUUUUUGCUCUUUGGCCUUAUGAUCAUACUGUAACAGCUAAAAAUAAAAUAUCAUGGUCGUCAUCUUCAAAUUCUACUUUUAUUUUUGUGUCUUCUAUUUAAUAAUAAAAUCAUCAACAAACA